UCCAAAUCAUAACCAAUUCUCUCAAGAUGGCUUCCAUGGCCGCCGGAAGCUGCAUUAGCUUCAAACCCUAUAAUCCAUGUCUUCCCCUCCACCCUCCAAAACGCACCGUUUCCAGCUUCACCAUCAGAAGCAUAGCCAGUCCCAUCCGCCCCUCGCCACCUGUCGUCGUUCCAUUGCCUGAUAUCGACACCUCCAUUCCCCCGACUCACGUUGCAUGGACCAGCAUUCGACAAGACCGAUGGGAAGGACAACUCUCCGUCCAAGGCCAAUUGCCUCGUUGGCUGAAUGGAACGUAUUUGAGAAAUGGACCUGGAGUAUGGAAUAUUGGAAAUUAUAACUUUCGUCACCUUUUCGAUGGUUAUGCUACCAUUGUUAAGCUUCACUUUGAAGAUGGUCGGUUAAUUGCUGGCCACCGUCAAAUCGAAUCGAAUGCUUAUAAGGCUGCCAUGAAGAAUCAAAAGGUUUGUUAUCGUGAAUUUUCUGAAGUCCCCAAGACUGAUAACUUUCUUGCCUAUGUUGGAGAGCUCGCAAACCUUUUCUCUGGUGUAUCGUUGACUGAUAAUGCAAACACUGGAGUCGUGAAGCUUGGCGAUAGUCGAGUUGUUUGUCUUACAGAGACGCAAAAGGGGUCUAUAAUAAUCAACCCGAGUACGUUAGAGACCAUCGGGAAGUUUGAGUAUAGUGACUCACUCGGCGGUUUGAUUCAUUCGGCUCAUCCAAUUGUUACGGACUUGGAGUUUUUGACAUUGUUGCCAGAUCUUUUAAACCCAGGUUACUUGGUGGUUCGGAUGGAACCGGGCUCAAACGAGCGAAAGGUGAUCGGUCGGGUCAACUGCAAGGGUGGACCGGCCCCAGGUUGGGUCCACUCGUUUCCAGUGACGGAGAAUUAUGUGGUGGUGCCGGAGAUGCCAUUGAGAUAUUGUGCUCAAAACUUGCUGAGGGCAGAGCCGACGCCGUUGUAUAAGUUUGAGUGGCGGCCGGAGUCUAAAGCCUUUAUGCAUGUCAUGUGCAAAGCUAGUGGAAGUAUUGUUGCAAGCGUAGAAGUACCAUUAUUCAUUACAUUUCAUUUCAUAAAUGCAUAUGAAGAGAGAGAUGAAAAGGGAAGGAUUACCGCUGUGAUCGCCGAUUGUUGCGAACAUAAUGCCAAUCCUUUAAUCUUAGAUCGACUUAGGCUUCAUAAUUUGCGACGCUUCUCACUCAAACAUGCUCUUCCGGAUGCUAGGGUUGGAAGGUUCAGAAUACCAUUGGAUGGGAGUGGACAUGGGAAGCUGGAGGCAGCAUUGGACCCAGAUGAACAUGGCAGAGGAAUGGACAUGUGCAGCUUCAACCCUGCUUACUUAGGCAAGAAAUAUAGAUAUGCUUAUGCUUGUGGAGCCAAAAGACCCUGCAAUUUCCCCAACACACUCACUAAGAUUGAUUUGGUGAAGAAGAAGGCCAAGAAUUGGUAUGAAAGCGGAGCUAUUCCUUCCGAGCCCUUCUUCGUGGCUCGACCUGGUGCAACCGAAGAGGAUGACGGAGUGGUGAUCUCUAUGGUCAGUGGGAAAAAUGGAGAAGGGUAUGCUUUGCUUCUAGAUGGAUCCACAUUUGAAGAGAUAGCCAGGGCAAAAUUUCCCUAUGGUCUUCCUUAUGGGCUACAUGGUUGCUGGAUUCCCAAGAACUAGUAUCAUUUCAAUACCAAAGUAUAGCUUGUUCAAUUAAUCAGUAUCAGAAAACACACAUAUAUACAUCAUAGGCACGAGUAGAAAAUACGUACAUGUGGUGACUAACGAUGCGCCGUAGCUCUACUGUGUAUUAGCAUAUAGCUGGAGUAGAUUAUAGGUACCUUGUACAGAAUUUAGGUCCCUUUUUCCUCAUGUAUUCAUCAGUUUCUCUUCCACUUUGGACCUGUGAAAUUAAUAUAUACACCUUUUCUUUGUA